AUGAAGCGGAAACUAUCUGUCCGGAAGGACGAUGUGUUGCAUAGUGCAUACCGCUCCGAAAGGUUCAUACUGAAGCCGAUUCUGAGAAGUGACAGAACUCCGGCAGAGGCACGCUACACGGAUGCAGUUUGCAGGGGCAGGGUUAUCAUUGAAAACGCAUUUGGUUCUCUCAAAAGGCAGUUUUUGUCUCUACACACUGAACUGAGACAUGCACCCACUCGAGCCUCGAAAAUCAUAGUCUCUGCUUGUUGUUUGCGAAACUAUUGUAUCGAGACCCGAGAGCAGCCUUUUACCGCGAAUGAAGCCAUCCCGCAGCAAUACCCUGAGGCCGGGGACGACGAGACGGACGUUCCGGAUGCGGGCGAAGCACAGAGCAAAAUGACAGCUAUCCUACAAAAAAAGAAUGCUCGAUUAUCUUCUUGA